AUGAAGCUCACGAACCCGGGCACCGUCCCGGUUUAUACCAUCUCUGGCGCAUCGACUGCCAGGCCCCUUCCCGAUUGGCUGGCGCGCAGGAGAAAGCGAUCGCUGAAGAAUGAUCUCGAGUACCAGAAUCGUGUUGAGCUUCUGCAGGACUUCGAAUUCGAAGAGGCAAGCAACUGCAUUGCAGUCAGUGAGGACGGCGAGUGGUCGGUCAGCGCAGGAACAUACAAGCCUCAGAUUCACGUUCACACUCUUUCGCAACUUUGUCUGUCUUUUGCACGCCACACCGAGUCUUUGACUGAGAAGCUCGCCAUUCUUUCAUCCGAUUACUCCAAGACCCUCCUCCUACAAACCGACCGACGACUCGAACUACACACACCGAUGGGACUCCACUACGGCAUCCGCAUUCCCCGAUAUGGCAGAGACUUGGUCUACGACAGGCAAUCAGCCGAGGUCUACGUUCCUUCCGUAGGUGUCGACUCAGAAGGGUUCGGCGAAGUGUUCCGUCUCAACCUUGAGGUUGGAAGGUUCAUGAAGUCGUUCCAGGUUGAUGUCGGUGGGGACGAGCCCGGCGCCGGCUUGCAAGGAAGCAUCGGCGCCGGUAGUGUGAACACGGCGGCCAUCGCCGAGAGAUCACACGGACUGGCUGCGUUUGGCACAUCGAUCGGCACUGUCGAGUUCUGGGAUCCGAGGUCAAAGUCGCGUGUCGCCCUUCUGUCCAGCCAAGAAGGUGGCAUUACAGCACUCGACUUCAACAGCUCUGGGUUGUCGCUAGCCACGGGUUCCGCGAACGGCAUGGUGCAGCUAUUCGAUAUGCGCCGACCUAUUCCCCUCCUUUCCAAGGAUCAAGGCUACGGCUUCCCGAUCAAGAAGCUAAUUCACAUGACGACUGCGUCCCAAGAAAAGAAGGUCAUGUCGGCGGACAAGAGAAUUAUCAAGAUUUGGGACGAGCUAGAUGGCGAGCCCUUCACUUCCGUUGAGCCCAUCGUGGAUCUCAACGACGUAGCCUGGUGCAAAGACACCGGUAUGCUUCUCACCGCCAAUGAAGGGCAACAGCAACACUCGUUCUUCAUCCCCAGUCUCGGACCUGCCCCUAAGUGGUGCUCCUUCCUCGAUAACAUGGUUGAGGAGAUGGCUGAAGAAGUCCCCACGGAAACCUACGAUAACUACAAGUUCCUUACUCUCGCCGAGCUCAAGUCCCUCAGCUUGGCUCAUCUCAUCGGCAAGACCAAUCUACUCCGCCCUUACAUGCACGGUUACUUUGUCGCCUCGAAAUUAUAUGACCAGGCUCGCCUCAUCGCAAACCCAUACAUCUGGGAGGAGGAGAAAACGAAGCGCAUCAAGGAGAAGGUGGAGAAGGAGCGCGAGAGCCGCAUUCGCGGCAAGAAGAAAGUCAAGGUCAACCAGAAGCUCGCCGACAAGCUUCUUCAGCGCCAGGAGAACAGAGAGAAGGUGGAUGUCGAGGCCGGCAUGCUGGGCGACGACCGUUUUGCCAAGAUCUUCGAGGACGAGGCGUUCAAGGUCGACGAGACGAGUCGCGAAUACCACCAGCUCAACCCAAGCAGCACACCAUAUGCGCUGUCUGGAGCGCCUGCCAGGAAUUCUCAGGGCAAGGAGGACGAUUCCAACGAGCCUUCCCGGCAGCCGAAGCAAACUCCUGCGGAUAUCGUCAUGAGGGUUUCUUCGUCGUCCAGGGGCAAUGGCCCGAAGGACACAGCAUUGGGCUCCCGCGCACAAAAGUCGGGCAGGGUGUCCAAGGUCCGAGGGGAUGUUGUGGGCGAGCGACAGGUCAGCUUUGUGCCGGCACCAAGACACAAGAAGAAGCCCCAGCAGUUCGAUUCGGAGCCGAGGGAGAAGAAGUCUGGUCCAAGAAGGAGCGCGAGCUCCAAUACUUUCAGGAAACUCUAA